CGCGUAGCCUUGAUCGUUACGAAUUUUCUAAUUUUUUUUUAAAACUGGCUCAUCAAUUUUGGAUUUCUUACCAUCCACCUACUGGAGCGAAACACACCUCCAGUGGAGAUGAAACGCCGCCAAUCCCUGAAGAAGAACUGGAACAACAGAAAAUUGAACAUGAAAGACAAAUGCAAAAGGAAAAGGAAUGCCAAGCAAGAGAAGCAGAAGAAAUUAGGAAGUUGGACAUAAAACUCCUUCACCAGCGCGCCAUUGAAGCCGAGGAAGAACAUAGGCGAGAGAUCGCAGCAGUGGAAGAGCUUCGAGGCUUAAAUACUUCUUGGUCGCAUCACAGACUUUGCGAUUUGCAACGCCAAGCUGGCAAUAGAUGGCGUUACAGUCGACCUUCAAUACCAGAUACGAGACACUACAGAAAUGUUCUGAAGAAAGCCUGCAGCGCACAGCUGACAAAACCGCAAUCGAGUCAAAGCAUCAGCGAUAAUGAAGGCAUUUUCAUCAACCUCUCGCAUUUGGGCUCUUGUAGAGAUGAAUCAUUAGACAGCGAUGGCUGCUGCGAAACCCCUUGUAGCGUCAACGUAGAAGAAGCAAGAGCUUGGAGAGCAUCUGCAAACGAUGUCAGUCCUUCGAUUAAAGAAGAUCUCGUCAAAGUACCGUCCUGUCCUGGAUGUCGCGCCCCGAUCGCAUCGCUUGAUUGUAUGGACGAAUUUAGCGCCAAUUCGCAGCAGAUGCUGGAUCAAGCCGGCGACGUAAAUAUGACGUCCAAGCAUAACAUGUCGACGUACAUGGGCAAUCACGCAAGUAUGCCUUCGUCAGUCACACCAGGUCUACGAUACAAGAAUUUGGGAAAGUCCGGACUCAGAGUUCCGAACAUUGGUUUGGGAUUGUGGACUAUGUUAAACGAAGAUUGUGCGGAGGAUAUAAUUAUGACUGCUUUGGAAAACGGCAUCAACCUGUUUGACUUAUCUGAGGCUCAUUGUGCCAGAGGGGAAGUGGAGCUAGGCCGCAUACUAAAGAAAAGAAAUGUGCGUCGGACCAGUAUAAUCAUCACAACCAAAAUAUACUGGAGCACCAAGCUAACAGGCCCUCAUGCUAACAGGUCAGAUGAAAGGGGCUUAUCUAGGAAACAUGUCAUAGAGAGUGUGAAGGCGUCACUGCAACGACUUCAAGUUGAUUACAUAGAUGUUGUACUCUUGCACAAAAUUGAUCCCGUCUGCCCCAUGGAAGAAUUGGUGCGAGCCAUGACAUUUGUGAUCAAUCAAGGAUGGGUUAUGUAUUGGGGAACAGCACGUUGGUCCCCUUCUGAGAUAAUGGACGCGUAUUCGAACUGCAGGCAGUUCAACUGCAUCACACCGAUAGUUGAACAAACAGAAUACCACAUGUUCUGUAGAGAAAAACCAGAGUUAUACAUGCCUGAACUGUAUCACAAAAUUGGCGUUGGCGUCAUGUGUCUGAUCCCAGGGAUGAUGGCUUGGUCAGCGAUUACAACGGACAAGGGCCUGGGUCGGGAGGAAAUAACUGGUCUUUUUGCAAAGUCCAGGUUCAACCGAAAGUACAGUACUUUCAGCUGGUGUGAAGAGGACCUCGCAGUUCCGGAUGUAAGCGAGUUACGUAUAUCUGGCAGCAAAGACCAGGUAACAGGGGAAGAACCUCGUACUUACGGAGAAAAGUUACGUGAUCUAUCUAAUCUUGCAAACACGAUGAAUUGUACUAUGAGUCAAUUAGCUGUGGCGUGGUGCCUCAAGAAUGAGUCAGUUAAUUGCUUACUGCUAGGAGCUACUAGUGUUGAGCAAUUCAAAGAAAAUAUUCAUGCUUUACAGAUUGUUCCCCAGCUAACACAUUCUGUGAUGGCAGAUAUCGAGCGAUUAUUGUCAAAUAAACCACAGCGUCCUCCAAUGGUAUCGACGCUUGCCAUGCGCAAUCAGCAAAACACUAACACUGUGCGAGUAGACAUGACCGGUGCUUCAACUUCUGGUGCCGGAACACCAAAGCCUGAGGCUGACGCCGAAGGUGAUUCCUCACCCGCUAAAGAGUCCGGGCGGGGCUUUUGUCAGCUUCAGUGACUGUGGUGGCGUGGAAGCACUGACUCUGCUUCCAAAUCUAGUAAAUCAAAGGAAUCAGUUAAGGAUGGCAAGCCUAAGUUUUUCCUAAAUAACGCCGGAGAAGUCAUACGUCGUGUGGAACAUGAUGGCGUAUCAACUGAUGUAGUAAUAUCCGUUUCAUCGUUGAAAGGAAAACAACCAGCAUCGGGCGGAAGUAAAGUGAAAAAAUCCAAAUCUGAUAACUCCAGACCAAGAUCAUCCUCUUUACAGAGAUCAUCCUCAGGACAACUCUCCGUGUCUCGGGACAGGCGGCGAUCUCGAUUCGAUCUCGCCUCUCCUGCAGACCUGUAAAUUCAAGACACACAAAAUGUCCUUAAGUAACGAUAAUGAUUCUUUUGAUUUUGAAUGUAUUGAUAUGUACGAUAUGAGAAAUUCUUUAUUUAGAGAAUUUCGAUAAUCAUCUUUCUUGAUGAUAAUGAUUAAUGACAAAAGAGUUAUGAAUAUCGAUUAUGGAAUUCUUUUUUUAGAUUCAAUAAGAGGAUUCAAUAAUCGUUUUGCUGACGAUAUCUUUCUAAGUACUUGUGAUAUGGACGCUAAUGAAUCGCAUCCCACUUUCUGAGUUUAAAAUGUCUGUGUUUGCGAUGUGUAAAGUGAUUAUAUCAAAAGUGUUAAACAUUUUUAAUAUUAUUGAAAUGGAGGAGAAUUAAUCUCAUGGUAUAGCAGUAAUGGAAGUUAAGAGAUAGUGUUUGAAGACUUUAGUGUCAGGCACUUUGAAGACUAGCUUUAAGUUAGUUAAAUAUUUUCGUAGAUGCAUCUUUACGUGUAGUUAUUUCUAUGUUAUUACUUAUUAACACUUUUGAGGUACCUAACUUAUAAAUGAUGACGAUGAUGUUGUUCUGAAAAAUGUAAUAAAUCAUACGAUGGUAUUGUUGAGUACUAAACAUAUUCACACAGUAAAUAAUUAAGUUUAUGUUAGCAGCACAUUUCUAGAAAUGGACACCUAUAAUGAGUGUUAUACCGUAGUAUUGGUACAAAGAAAGAUAGGAAAGUAAUUUGUAUAUAAGUGGAAUAGAUGUAUAGUCAGUGUAUUAUCUGUAGUUACUAUCGUUACAGUGCAUUUUAGCGUGUCUUAAUUAGAUGAUAUUAUAGAAAUGAAUUAAAAUGCCGCGUUCACCUUAAUGCCUAUAAACAGCAUCAAUUUUGCUGAUUCACAUAUUUCGUAGUCUAUAUUUUUAUAUGUUUAGAAGUAACGAUUAUGUGAAUAUUAAGAUAAUAGGUGUAAUACUAGAUGCUUUGUACAAUUUAGUAUGUGGUAAGAUUAUAAAGUCCAUAAUAUUAAUGUUGUUUUGUAAUUAUUCAUGUUUUUGCUUAAGUAACCUUUUAAUAUUAAGUUAAGUUGUUUGUUAUAGAUUCGCACAUCUUAUUUCGAAAAAAAUCCUCUCCCAGACAUAUGCGAAAUUCCGGCGCUUCGUAAAUAUGAUAUUUUAGAUAACUGAUACUGACGAGCGAUGAUAACUGUACAAUCCUUGAUUAUGUAUAUUAUUCUAAACAUAACUCCGUUAAAACAACAAUUCGUGGUAAUAAAAAAGGUACAGUCCUCGAUGAAGACGUAUUGAUUACGUCACAAAUUAAGUCUGCAAUCGAAAUUUUAAUGCAAUAGGGCCUAGCUCAUUUCCAUAGAGCGUGCUUUUAAUUUACUUAGCCAAAGCGCGUGUUAACACGAGACAUCUUUAUGUUGAACUUGUCUCGCUUUAACUAUUUCUUAAGUCAAAGGUAAGGCCAAACACGCUAUAUGGAUUUCGGUAAAUCACUUUUGAUUUGUGAACUCGAAAGGUACGGUAUAUUAUAUAUUUCCUGAACUUAUAUCGCUAUACUACAUUGCGAAAAUACCGGCAACUUAUACGCGUAUGUUUGAGUGAGUGGAGACAAGAGAAACGAAAUCUAUUAGUUAUUUAAAUGAUUCGUUGAAAAUUUCGAUAAAAUAAUUUACAAGUUUCGUUUUAAGCCAGAAUGCAUUUUGAAUAGAUAGAAAACAUAUUGAGCGUGGAUGCGGCAUACAGCGUACCUACUAAUAGCAUUUAAAAUACAGAGGAGGAGAACGUUUCUAAUAAAGGUCUGUUUUAAUUGAUUCCUUUGAAUACUAAUUAAGGAAGCUAGUUUAAGGGAAAUUGUAAAAUUCAAAGAUAUCGCUUCCCACUGCUUGCAUUAGUGGUUAUUAUCUGGCUUAAAAUGCUCUUGAAAAUGAUAGACAUUUUUACCUUUAUCUAGCUUGUUGGUAUUUAUAAAUCUAUCUAUGCUAAUCUUUUC